CAGCCGCCCGGUGUCGGUUGGAGAGUGGGCAGCUGAGCUGCUAUGGCGGCGGUGUGUGAACCUGUUCGAGCUCGGUUCGUCGUCGUUGGGGGAGGAGUGGCGGGGGUCACCUGUGCCGAGCAGCUUGCUGGUCAGUUUCCAGAAGAUGAUGUCCUUUUGAUUACAGCGUCACCACUAAUUAAGGCAGUGAUGAACUUCAAACAGGUUUCCAAGACAUUAGAAGAGUUUGAAGUUGAAGAAAAGCCUUCUCACAUACUUGAAGAGCACUAUCCCAAUAUUAAAGUGAUACAGUCUGCAGUUCAAAGACUGGAUGCAGCAAAUCAUAAACUGCACACAGAAGAAGGCAAUGAGUAUAUUUACGAGAAACUCUGUAUAUGCGCAGGAGCAAGGCCAAAACUGAUAGUCCAGCACAAUCCAUUUGUAUUAGGAAUUCGGGAUACAGACAGUGCAAAGGAAUUUCAAAGUUGUUUGGCUAAAGCUAAAAGGAUUACUGUGAUAGGAAAUGGAGGUAUAGCACUUGAACUAGUCUAUGAAGUUGAAGGAUGUGAAGUGAUUUGGGCAAUAAAAGAUAAAGCUAUUGGAAAUACUUUCUUCGAUGCAGGAGCAGCUGAAUUUUUGAUUCCUCAACUCAAAGCUGAUAAGCCUGAGGUUCUUCUCCCUUGUAAAAGGACAAAAUACACAACAGAAGGUUUAGAACAGGAAAGGAAAGCUCUCACUGAAGAUGGAGCACAUGGCAGUGCUUUGGGACCGGACUGGCAUGAGGGGAUGAAGCUGAAAGGAACAAAACAAAUUUCCCGCAGAGUCCAUGUGGAAUACCAAUGUGAGAUUGAUAGGAUUUACCUGCAAAAUGAGUUUGCAGCAGCACAGAAAACAUCAUUGGCAUUCCCUGAAAGUGGAUCAGAAGAACGAAAACGAAAAGCAGAUGAUGAAUCUUGGCCUAUUUAUGUACAAUUGACAAAUGGAAAAAUCUAUGGCUCUGAUUUAAUUGUGAGUGCAACUGGAGUAAUACCAAAUGCUGAACCAUUCAUCUCAGACAAUCCUCUUGAUGUGGCAGAAGAUGGGGGCCUUAUAGUAAAUGAGAUGAUGCACACCUCAAUCCCAGAUAUUUUUGCUGCAGGUGACGUCUGCACUGUUUCUUGGAAGCCUCGUGCACUUUGGCAACAGAUGCGACUGUGGACCCAGGCUAGACAGAUGGGAUAUUAUGCAGCAAAGUGUAUUGCAGCAGAAAUAUCGGGGGAAUCGAUUGAAUUGGAUUUCUGCUUUGAAUCAUUUGCCCACGUCACCAAAUUCUUCAAUUAUAAGGUAGUAUUGCUCGGGAAGUACAAUGGCCAGGGUCUGGGGCCAGAUCACGAGCUGUUGCUGCGUUGCACCACUGGCCAGGAGUAUGUGAAAACAGUGAUGCAGAAUGGAAGGAUGAAGGGAGCUGUGCUUAUUGGUGAAACUGACUUAGAAGAGACAUUUGAAAACCUAAUUUUAAAUCAGAUGGAUCUUUCUGCAUAUGGAGAAGAUUUACUCAACCCAAAUAUUGAUAUUGAAGAUUAUUUUGAUUGAGAGGAACAAUUCUUAACACAUUUGCGUUUUAUUAGGCAGGUUUGGAUAUUCUGCCCUGAUAGACAAUAGUAUGGUACUUGAUGGUUAUUAAAGAUUCCGUGGACCUAAUGGCGCAGAUGCAGAGAAUUCCUGUACUGUCCUAGCGAAUCGUUCUCCCUCAACCAGCACCGACAAACAGAUUAGAUGGUCAGAGCAAAUUGCUGCAGUUUCAGCUUACUUAGCCGUUUGGAGACUUUGCUGUGUAUAAAUUGGCUGUUGUGUUUGUUUACAAGGAAGCAACAGCACUUUUGAAGCCAUUCAUUGACUCAGCAUUUUUAAAUAUCUUGAGGAUUUGUAAGAUUCACAUUCUACCCUGAAGAGUAACAAAUGCCUUCAGUUGAAUUUUCACAGAAACAUUGUUAAUUAUUUCCAUCUUUCUGGCUCCUCCAAACAAAUUGAGUUCUUUUAACAAAAGGACGUGCUCAGAAAUUGUUUAGCGUUUGACUAAGAGUGGCCUUAUAGGAAUUGUUACAUUGCAAAGACAACAACUUGUAACUAUUUUUUAAUGGCAUUAUGCCAGCAGCAACACCUUGCAUUUGUAUGGUGUCUUUAAUAUGGUAAAAUAUCCCAGGCACUUCACAAGAUUAUCAAACUAAAUUUGAUUUCAAUAUCUAGACAUUUGUGUAGUACAAGUGAAACUUGCAAUUUAUUUUGUCUGUGAUCAAAUUUAGGUAGACAUUUAUCCCCUUUUAAUGCUGUCAUUGUACUCAAGGCUGCUCCAUAUUUUUUUCAGAUUAAGGCAGAUGAAUGUAGAUAUCUAUUUUUAAAAAGUCACAUGGCCAUUGAAGCCACUGAUGACUUGUCAAAGACCAAUCCCUCUACUGGACGUUGCAGUUAGACUGCAUAUUUUCAUUGCACAACAAAUUACCAAGCAUCAUUACAAAAUUUAUAGCUCAUUCAUUGUUGUAAAGGGUUUUCUAGUACUGAUGUUUUCAGUCCAAGUGUCCCAGAGUACCCUGACCAUUUUAUUGAUUAUGGUUUCAAGAAUAUUGUUUUUCUGGAUUUGAAUGAAGCAGUAGGAUCAAUGCUAUGGAAUUUUGUUUAUAUUUUGUCAGCCUUUUCUAAUGUAUUCCUCUGGUGGUUGCCUAAGAACCAUUUUAUGUUGAAAUUGUAUAGUCUAAGUUUGCAGCAUCCACAAACAAUGUACAUUGUUUUAGUUUAGAUAUUACUUAACAGGGCAUCUGAAUUACAGGUGAUUGACAUGUUCAAGUUUUGAGGAGCAGUCAAUAAAAGGUUAGUCCCUCAUUAACUUUAAAAACUGUCUCUGAAAACCCUAUGUACAAUCUGACCAAUCAUUAAACAGUGAUAGAACAUU